GUACCCCACUCAUCCUCAUUCUUGCCAUUUGAUUGCAGCCACCCUUCGCUCCCUGGUCCACCGUGACUGUGACUGUGACUGUGACUGUGACUCUGACAAACUCACAUCCACUCCCAGCGCGCGCAAUCAAAGCCAUGUCGACGCACACAUCAGCCCUUUCAUCUGGCCCUGCCUCCACUCUCGCUUUCGCCCGCCUCCCACCAUCCUCCUCGCCCCCUCAUCAACAUCUCUGCUCCAUUCUGCGCACCUUUGAUCAGCGCGAUUCUCACAAGUGGCACGCCGCCUCGAAGGGAUGGGGGGAUGGGGCAGGUAGCGGUGGUAGCGGUGGCACCAGCAGCAGCAGCAGCAGCAAACAACCCACACUGAGACAGGCUCGCAUUCAUUGUGAUGACAAUCGAUGGGCGGAUGUGCUGCCGUAUGAUCACUCGUUGCUCGCACUGCCUCGAUCAGCAGCCUACCUCAACGCAUCUCGCAUCUCCCCAUUGCCUCUGCUUUCAAACUCAGACUCAGACUGCCCCACCAGCAAGGACCAACAGCAGGAGCACGAGCACGCUGGCCGCACUCAUGCCCGCGCGUACAUCGCAUCGCAAGCACCCUUGCCCCACACGCUCGACGCCUUCUACUCUGCCCUCGUCUACAACAACAUUUCCCUCAUCAUCAACCUCACACCCCUCAUCGAGAAUGGCAAGCGCAAGGCCGAUGCUUACUGGCCAUCUGUCAACAAGUCGUGCAAUGUACCCCACCACCCGGCAUCCUCUUCCUCAUCCUCAUCCUCCCACACUGCCCCUGCUGCACUCCAUCACGAUGAUCGUCAUCGCCAUCGCCAUCGCCAUCGCGAUUGGGACUGGUCACGCUCGUGGGAGUGGCAUGUGACCACCGAAUCAGAAGAGCGAAUAAGCAGCGCUCACCUUCAAAAGCUGCUGGCCAGUGGACGCGCAAAUGGUGAGGCAUCCAGCAGUGGCGCCAGCAGCAGCAACAACAGCAGCAGCAGCAACAACAACAACAACAACAACAACAGCUUGCAGGACGUCGACUUGGUCAAGCGCGUCUUGAGCCUCUGCCCUCGGCCCGCACCGGUCAGCAGCAGCGGCGACGGCGACGGCGACGGCGCAUUUCCUGCCGAUGGCUCAGGUCGAGACGCAGUGCGCGCCCACAGCGUGACCCAGCUGCACCUCAAGAGCUGGCCCGAUCACGGAGUCAAUAGUUCAGAGACGUUCGAGGCGCUGUUGAGGUGCAUCGAGGCUGUCAGGGCUGAAACGCGUGUGAUCAACGGUACGCCGCGCGAUGGCGAGGGUGCGACUUGGGUGCACUGCAGUGCUGGUGUUGGUAGGAGCGGAACGGUGAUCGGUGCUUUGCUGGCCCGAGAUCUGGCGGCGCGAGCAGGCGGCUCGCUGAAUCUCGGCGCAUCCAACCUAUCGACGGAUGCCGACCUGGUGGAUGCGUUGAAGGGCUGUUUGGGAGACGAUGGCGAUGCGCUCGCUUCACCGCCGCUUGCAAAUCAAGAGGCCAACACUGGGUCGGGGACGGGGACGAGGCGCAUUGCGUCCGCGCUGAGCAAAGCUUUGAAGCGCACGCCACCCAGCACGGCUCAGGCAGAGUCGCAACAGUCGACGAGAAGUGCGAGCGCGAGCGCGAGCGAAGAGGCUGGUCGACGGCUGCAGCGAGAUGCGUUGAGGGAUGUGUGCGAGAUUGUGCACCACUUGCGAGAAUCGCGGGCCAGGAUGAUCCAGACGCCUGCGCAGCUCGCCAUGCUGUUCGAGCAGGUCUGGCAGCUCAAGUGCGAAGCGCUGGUGGGCUCGGUGGAACGAUAGCGAGAGCAGGGGCAUCGAGCGCGAGCACGAGCGCGUGCGCGUGCGCAAGCACCAGCACCAGCACCAGCACCAGCACCAGCACCAGCAAGGCCAG